UGCUUUUUUUGAAUAAACAAUCUUUUUAUUUCAUAAAAAAAAGCAUCAAUUUACUUUGUUCUGGUUACAAAUGAAAGCCAAAAAGUUCAAGGCGAGGAAAUGUCAAGUUACUCAGUGAAGAAAGUGUGGAAUUCGAUUCGGCCAAAGCACCCUCCGCCUGUUUGGGUGAAUGUUGUUUGGAAAAGGGUUGGUAUACCUCGGAAUAUAUUUAUGGUUUGGUUGAUUGCAAAGGGACGAAUCAAUACUAGAGCUAAUAUCAGAGUGUUCUGAACUGUGUGUUCUAUUACAAGGAUGUGGAGUCCAUUGAUAAUUUGUUUGCAAGUUGUGAUGUGUACCGAAGUCUCUUUCAGGUACUGCUCGGCAAGGCAUUCCCACGCCUCUCCUAUUUUUCUUGGCGCCAGGAGACGGAAUGGGCUGUCAAAGUUUUUGCAUACUCAUCUUCAUUGAAGGAGGCAUGCAAACUCAUUUGGAUUUCUCUGGUGAGCAAUUUUGGAGGCAUGCAAACUCAUUCCAUUCAACCCCUAUCCCCCGUCACUUGGAGAAGUCCUACAACCAUCCCCUGACCUUUAUAAUCUUGCCCCAACCUCGAGAUCUAUGGGUCUUUACUUCCAAGAUACUAUUGUUGCCUAGUAUGUACUUCAUCCAUGCAAUCCAUAGAGCCUUUGAUCAAAUUGGAUUGCCCAACUAAGCAAGUAUUAUUCCAAUUAUGGAAUUCUUUAAAAUCAAGUCCACCCUCCUCCUUAUGUAAUGUCACUAGUUGCCAUUGCCAACUUGCCAAUUCACUUUGGCUUUCUAACCUUGCUCUUUCACAUUCCAAAAUAAUUUUGAACAAAGUUCAUCAAUUUCCCUGAUUACUCUUUUGGGUAGUUGGAAAAUGUUCAUCUAAUAUUGGGGCAAGGGUUGUCGCUUUAGACCUUCCCUCUUUUUCUCAAAAAUUGCUUGCUUCGACUAACCCAGCCGGAGCACAUUAUGGCCCUAAUUGCGGUGUGCAUUUGAAAAUCUAGAAAUUUGGUUGUUUUUUAGGGCAAACAAUUUUGGAGUACUCACCUUAUGCGUCAAUACCACCAGCAACUACAUGAAUGGGUUUCCCUGCCGAAAGAUAGGUUGGAUCUGAAUCAGCACCCUUUGCAACAGAGUUUGGAUUUGGGUGGUUCGUUCUCUGUUAUCUGUAUGUGGGAUGGUGCGGUAUGUGCUGACUCACAUUCAACAGGAGGGUUGAUCCUUAAGGAUGAAAGAGACUUUGUUGUUUUCGUCCUAGGGUUGUUUUUCGAGGUUAUGGAUGAUCCCCUUGUGGUUGAGACUAUUGCCCUUCGUGAGGCUAUUCAAUGGUGUCGGGACAUUGGACUUGCUCAGGUUCAAUUUGAAGGCGAUAUUGAAAUUCUUAUUGACAAGAUUAAUGCCAAGGAUGCACGAGGUAGUCGUGUUGGGGCUAUUCUUGAGGAAAUUCUCCACACGUUGGAUAUUCAUAGAGGUUUUAAUGUUUGAUUUGUAGGUCGGAUUAGCAAUAGGAUAGCCCACCUUGUGGCUCAGAAGGCCCUUUCUUUGCCUCCAACCUCGUGUCGUAUCUUUGAUUUUUGUUCAUGGGUUCAGUGCCGGGUGUUAUCUCUGAUCUAUCAAUUCAUAUGAUUAUCUUUUGUUAAAAACAAAGGAAUAACUUUAGAAUAAGAUA